AACGCCAACCCUAACCCUAAAUCCCCCACCCUUCCUCACACUUCCCUUCGCCGGCGUCUCUCGUGGUCUGCAGUCGCACCUCCGUAUCUGGCAAUAUUUUCUCCACGAGUAGGUUGUAGCUUCAAUCUUCAUCGAAAAUGCGUCCAAUUUUGAUGAAAGGCCAUGAACGGCCUUUAACUUUCCUCAAGUACAAUAGGGAUGGCGAUCUUCUUUUCUCCUGCGCCAAGGAUCAUAACCCCACCGUCUGGUACGCCGACAACGGCGAGCGGUUGGGGACUUAUCGUGGUCAUAAUGGUGCCGUUUGGUGCUGUGAUGUCUCCAGAGAUUCAAUGCGGCUUAUCACUGGAAGUGCGGAUCAGACGGCAAAAUUAUGGAACGUACAGACUGGACAGCAACUCUUCUCCUUCAAUUUCGAUUCACCUGCUAGGGCAGUUGAUUUCUCUGUCGGUGAUAAGCUUGCAGUUAUUACCACUGAUCCUUUUGUGGAGUUGCCUUCUGCUAUUCAUGUUAAACGCAUUGCUAGAGACCCCUCGGAACAGACUGGUGAAUCUGUGCUGCUUCUUAAAGGUCCCCAAGGAAGAAUCAAUAGAGCUGUUUGGGGACCUUUAAAUAAGACCAUCAUUAGUGGAGGAGAAGAUGCCGUUGUUCGCAUUUGGGAUUCUGAGACAGGUAAACUUUUGAAAGAAUCAGACAAGGAGACAGGCCAUAAGAAAACAAUAACUUCCCUUACGAAAGCCUCUGAUGGUUCACAUUUUAUCACUGGGUCUUUGGACAAGUCUGCUAAGCUGUGGGAUACUAGAACAUUGACGCUUAUCAAGACGUAUGUGACAGAACGCCCAGUCAAUGCAGUUACAAUGUCUCCACUUCUUGACCAUGUGGUGCUUGGUGGUGGUCAGGAUGCUUCAGCUGUGACAACAACUGAUCAUCGUGCUGGAAAGUUUGAAGCUAAAUUUUAUGACAAGAUCCUUCAAGAAGAGAUUGGAGGUGUGAAAGGGCAUUUUGGACCCAUCAAUGCUCUCGCUUUCAAUCCCGAUGGAAAGAGUUUUUCAAGUGGAGGUGAAGAUGGUUAUGUAAGACUGCAUCAUUUCGACCCAGAUUACUUCAACAUCAAGAUUUAAAUUUGCUGAGGGGGGGAAGGGGGGAUACUCUUGUUGCUUUCUGGAAUGCAGUUGUGUGUAGGGCCGUUGAUGAUAAAUUUUGCACAGCGAUGUAUUAAUGAUAAGCUUUUUACUUGUUGUAGUCAAGAACCUUGCCUCUUAGAUUUUUUACAUCAUGGUGAAUUAAUUCAAAUAUCUUAUGGAGUGA